AUGUCAACUCGUGAAAUUGAUCAAAAUAUUUCUUCUGCCUCUACUACCUCAGUCACUUUUGACACUGCUACUACUGAUACUAGCACUAAUAAUAAAGAAAUACAACAAAAUUUGAGAAGAAGUAGUCGAAUUAAAUCUAAACAAAAUAUUGAAAAAGUUGAUAACACUGUAAUCAGCAGCGGCACUGAUAGUACCGCCAAAGCUAAAACUGAUGAUAUUGAUCCUGCUAGUAUUGCUAUUUCUACUGAUAAUAAUGAUAAAGUCAUUGAUUUGGAAAAAUUCAAUAAUGUGGAUAAUAAUAUUACUACUAUUAACACUGCCUCCAUCACUUUUGACACUGCUACUACUGAUACUAGCACUAGUACUAUUAAGAGUAGAGGGAGAAAAAAAAAAGUAACUAAUACCAAUACUAAUGAAGAUAAUAAAGAAAUACAACAAAAUUUGAGAAGAAGUAGUCGAAUUAAAUCUAAACAAAAUAUUGAAAAAGUUGAUAACACUGUAAUCAGCAGCGGCACUGAUAGUACCGCCAAAGCUAAAACUGAUGAUAUUGAUCCUGCUAGUAUUGCUAUUUCUACUGAUAAUAAUGAUAAAGUCAUUGAUUUGGAAAAAUUCAAUAAUGUGGAUAAUAAUAUUACUACUAUUAACACUGCCUCCAGUAAUACUAUCAUUGCAGAGGAAGAAGUCAGAAAACCUACUAAUAAAAGAAAAAAAAGUGACAAAUCUGAUGAAUCUACAAAGAAGAAAACCAAGAAGCAAGAUGAAAAACAAAUUGCUGCUACUAGUUCUUCGUCCUCAAGUGCUAACAAUAAUGCAGCUCAGACUGAUGAAAAAAAAAGAGCACGUCUAAAUGAAGAGAAAGAUAAAGAACCCGAAGAAAAGCGUCUUGCAAAGUUUCGUCCUAGUUGUUCAAUGAAAGUAAAAGAACGUAUUGAACGUGCAAUGUCACAAAGAAUGUUUUUGGUUGAUAGAUCCGAAGUUAAUGAAUUACAUCAUGAGUUUGUAGUAUUAGGAUCAGUUGGAAACGUCUAUAAUAUUGAGAUUUCAACUCUUCCUAAAUGUAAUUGUCCUGAUUUUGCUGUAAACGAAUCUCGUCUUGAAUUUUUAAUGAACGAUUUCGAUGAAAUUUAUAAUCUGAAAAAUCCAAUCAAAGACAGCCUCAAAAGUCAACAUACCAUUUCUAGAGAUAAUGAUGAGUUACGACCAGGUAAAGAAAAUGGAAAAAAAUUUGAUGACAGCAACAAUGAUGAUGAUGUUGAAAAAAAGGAAUUGACCGGGAAUAAAAAUCAAAUUGAAACUGAACUUUAUAUUAAUAUGGAUCAGUAUUUAUCAAAUAAUAAAAGAGACACUAACAGAUAUUUUGUGCACAACGGAUAUGAUGAUACUUAUAACAAUUCAAUAAUCACAAAAUCAAAAUUUCCAAGAAAAAAUCAAUCCAGUCCAUGUCUAUCUCCAAAGUUCUUAGCACUUAAUAUAAUACUCGGAAAUAAUAGCAGAUAUUUUGAAAUGGAAGUAGAGGAGUGUGACGGGUUUGUAUUACAUGAAGUCAUAUGGGAUAGAUUUCACAAAAUCACGGAUGAGUCAGGAUUUUAUGAGCUUGUAAAAUUUAUUAUAGAUUGUUCUUUGAAUUGUUGGAUGAAUGGAUUUGGAAUCAUCGUGAUUUUGAAUGCGAAUUGUGAUGAAAUGAGAAUGAAUCCUUUAACCAAAUUUAUAAAAUGCAUUCGUAGCUUUUGUGAUAUUCAAAUAAUAGAUAUCAUUGUGAUAAGUGAAAUUGCUGAAUCAAACAUAUAUGUGCUUCGAGAGGCUGGAGCUACGUUAUUAGUGACUCAUAGAGAGAGUAUGAAGAAAUCUUUUAUUUUUCUUAUGGAUCAUUUAUAUAAAUAUUAUAGUAGACCAGGAAAAGGAAUAAUAAAAUUUUAUAAUAGAGAUGAACCUUAUUAUGAAUUUACUAAUUUUUAUAGUCCAAAAAACAACAUAUUAAUAGAAGGUGUAUAUUGGCAAACUACUGAACAUUAUUUUCAAGCGGCUAAAUUUAAAGAUCCAUUAAUUCGUCUAAAAAUUCAAUAUGCAAAAUCAGCAAGAGAAGCAUUUACAAUUGCUAGAUCACAUGAUCUAGAGAAAAGAGUAGAUUGGGAAUUGGUAUUGACAGAAGAAAGAACAAUAUUCAAAGAGUUAAUUAUGAAAAAUGCAUUAAAGAGUAAAUUUAAACAAUUUCCCAACUUACAAUUUAAAUUACUUUCUACGUGUGAUGCUGAAAUAAUAGAACAUACACAAAAUGAUAGAUACUGGGGAGAUGGUGGGAAUGGCGAAGGGUUGAAUAGAUUAGGUCAACUAUUAAAAGAAGUCAGGACGGAGAUUUUUCAAACUGAGCGUAACAGAUUAAUUCUUGAAAAUGGAUUAGGAGGAGGCCGGUAUCAAGGCCAAAGAUGGAUUAUACAUCAUCUACAAUGUUUAAACCAUUUGAGCUUUGAUGGUAAUAAUAGUGACUAUAAUCUAUAA